AUGACACUCAACUCUCCCCCCCUUCUACACUGAACAUCCUCGGUCUGUCCUUUGCUUAUAAUCUGAACUGGAAACUUCACAUCUCAUUUCUAGCUAAAACAGCUUCUAUGAAGUUAGGCGUUCUGAGACGUCUCCACCAGCUUUUUUCACCUCCCCAUCUGCUAACUUCUCUCAGGCAGUGGGUAGAAGCUGAAACUGACAUGUUGAGAAAUCUCACCACACAUUUCCCUGCAUACUCCAAGAUUGUGUCCUAUGCUCAGCUCCAAGGCAUUAUAAGAAAUUUCAAUGCAGUUAUGAAUGACUGUAACAUGAAAGAGAUGAAUAUAUUUCCUAGUAGUUCUUCAAUCAACCAGCUCAUCUCAGAUUCUUGGAUGGAAUUCUCAAGAAUUUGAUGGGAGUCAUGCCUCAAGAGUAAAGGACGCAACUCUCACACAGCAAUGGAGGACCAGCAGUUGAUGUUUGCUGUCAGUGUGGCUGGUGAAGUGUACACAUUCCUGGCUGAAGUGUGCAACUUCUAUCAUGAUGUGUUUUACAGGGAGGCAAGUAUAUCCUUUCUGAAACUGACCUACACACUACUGACAACAGAGCUUGGUGCCAGAGUGUGGACUCUCCUCCACCAGAUAUACAGUUCCUCAGUUAAGAAGAAGCUUGCCCAUGCCUCAGGCCACUGUGAGGCUGACAGAUACUCCCUGGAGCCUGGCACUCCUGUGUGGCAACUCUAUAAAAAGUUUGAAAUCAUUGAAAAGAUUGGGGAGAAUCUUCCCAGUGAGGUCCAGCAACAAUCUGAUCUCCAGAGUUACCAGCAGUGGUUUCUUGGUGGCAUUGAGAGGUGGAUGGAACGAGUCUUUGCUAGAACUAAGGCACUCAUCACCAAGGAUAUUGAGAAAGAUUAUUUGGGGAUGAAUUCCACAGGAGUUAGUCCUUCUGCUGUGGAAACAAAAUCAAAUUUUAAAAUUAUUAUGCAGCAGCUAAAGCACUGAAGUUCAGAACAUGGGACAGAAGAGCACAACUAUUUUUGCAGAGGACUUCUUUGAGAAAUUGAAAGGACUGGUUUGUGUCAAGUUAUAAACGUCUGUGGUGUCUCAUCAGAGUUGAGUGGAUGCGUCUGAUGAAAAACCGCUCCUUCCAAUCAGUUGUGAUAUUCACCCAAAUGAUCAUUUGAUGGAGUUUUUCAUACACUAGUUUGCAGUCAGGAUCAGUGUGUGAUGCCCAAUAGCUUUCAUGCUUGAGUUGUUGCUGUAAGUUAGCGACUAAGCACAUUAUCCUUCAUGGCUUUGAGUGGCACCAUAGCAAACUACCACCAAGGCCAGACAAGGCAAGAUAUACAAAAUUGUAUGCUAUUAAGAAGUAUCUAACUUGUAGAGUAUUACAGUCUGUCUUACAUUAGUACAUUGAAAUCUCAGUAACUUUAACAUUGGGCAUUGUUUUAAAUACAUACUAACAUAUCAAGAAUCAUGUACCUAGUAUACUUGUUUAGUCACCUAUGUGUAGAUGGAAAUAUUUAUAUCAGUGAGUUUCUUGUGGUUAAAUGAACGUGUUGACUUCAGGAGAGGGUAUUGUGAACUUGUACGAGUACAAGGUGCUCGGAAUGCUGUAGACUUGACUCCAGGCUGUGCUCAUGCUCUGCGCCAGAGUUGCAAUUCAUGUAAAGUAGGUACAUAACUAGCUAUUUCGUACAUGUUGAUUGUAGUAAUUGACAGUUUGUGCAGUAGACUAUGAAAAACUAU